AUGGCGGGGGUUCUGAGUUCAGUAUUUCAGAGGCCUCCAGGCAGACUAAAGACUGUGAAGAAAGGUGCAGAAUCUCUCACUGGUACGGAAUGGAUUCAUCACAAAUUUACCAGAGCAAGAAUUCCAGAUAAAGUGUUUCGGCCUAGAUCUGAAGAUAAUGAAAGGUACGGUGGGGACCCCCAGAACCCUCAUAAACUGUACAUUGCCACAAGAAUAAGAAAUACAAAGAGGCGUCCAUACUGGGAAAAAGAUACGAUCAAGACGCUCGGACGACAGAAGGAACGCAGCCCUCAUAUUCACGAGAACAUCCCGCUGGUGGAUGCAAAGCUGAAAGCGGUUAAACCCUUGAUAUGCAUCCAGCCCCUGAAGCUGCCACAGGGACUUCCCACAGAAGAGAUCAUGUCCAGCGCGUGCCUCAGGGGCAUGGGGGGUUGGUCGUGCGGUGGCAUCUGA